AUGCAUAAAUAUUUUCAUGCUUUUCAUCUUAAGGCUAUACCUAGUAGAAAAUGCGAGAUAUCGGAUUUCAAUAUCUUUACUUUGGUGAAGGAAGGAAAGUUUAACCGCGAAUAUUUAGCUAGUUGUGAUGGCGAUAAGCAACUGCAAAUUUACAGGAUGAAAUUCAUACCUAAACAAGUUAGAUAUGGUUCAGAGACCAUUGAUUCAAUUCGUAAAUUUAAGACCGAAAAAAUGGUCUUAGAAAUGGCGACUAGUUAUUCAUUUUUGAUGGGAUUGCAUGCAUCAUAUAACCUUCCCUUCGGAUACAUAUUGGUAACAAAGGACAUUGGUCGAAGGAAUUUAUCUGAUUAUAUUGAAGGAAAGUCUAUCUCAAAUGGUCGUAUAGCUUUUUAUGCGGCCGAGAUUAUUCUAGCAAUAAACUUUUUACAUAGAAACGAUAUUGUACACAGGGGCAUAUGCCCUAAGAAUAUCUUACUAGAUGACGGUCACAUUAAAUUAUCUAAUUUUGCAACAUGCAAGAAACUAGGGAAAGGUAAAAGAACAAAAUCAAUAUGUGGAACUCCCCUGUAUCGUGCACCAGAAAUGAUAGGAUCUCGAAAUUAUGAUUUUAGUGUAGAUUGGUGGUCCUUUGGUAUUAUUUUAUACCAACUGAUAGUGCGUAAAAAUCCCUACAUAGAGGUGAUCGAUGCUAAUAUAGAUUCAAAAUACCUAAUCAAUCGAGCUAUUUUAAAUGAAGCACCAUAUAUCCCACUUCAUCUUUCGAGUGCUACUUCAACGAUCUUGUCAGGAUUUCUGAAAAAGAAUCCACGUGAACGACUUGGUUGCGAUCCAGGUAAUUAUCCAUGGGACAUUAUGUUCCACAGCUAUUUUAAGGAUAUAAAUUGGGAAAUGCUCGAACAAAGGAAAAUAAAGCCACCUCACAAACGAAAGCGAAAAUAA